AUGGCGGGGGUGGCAGCGCCGGCGUGGAGCAACGGGACGGCUGGCGCUGCGACCAGAGGCUCCGUCACUCACGUCAUCUUUGACAUGGACGGGCUCCUUCUCGGUAAAUCUCGAUUCUUUUCUGGCGGCGAUCUCCAGUUGAAAGAAAAUGUUGGCCCGUCUGAUCCGCCGCCGGCGACGUGUUGCUGUGGCGGGGGAUGCAGACACGGAAGGUUUCUAUACGUUGGUUCAGGAGAGGAUUCUGGCCAGGUACGGGAAGACGUUCGACUGGUCCUUGAAGGCGAAGAUGAUGGGGAAGAAGGCUAUCGAAGCCGCCCGAGUUUUCGUGGAGGAGAUGGAUCUGGCCGACGUCCUGACACCCGAGGCCUUCCUCGAGGAGAGAGAGGGGAUGCUACAGCAGCUCUUCACGACCACCGAGCUCAUGCCAGGUCCGCCUAUCAGGGCCUAAUUUUCUGGUCAUCAUCCAGUAAUUCACCAGGUUACGGGAUUUCAGUCCGCACGUCAUUUGAAUUUGUUUCCGAUCAUUUUUUAACGGUACGUUUUGUUUUCAUCAAUAUUACGGCUACGCUCUCGGUGGGGCAACUUCACACUCAAACAAAUAUAAUCUCCACGGCAUACAUUAAUUGCCGAGAAACUUACUCGACGGGAGCAUUCUUCUUUCUUAUCCUCGUCAAUCUGCCCGAAGACUUGUCGACAAUCAAAUUCUCCAUUAAUUUUUUAUCAGUUUUUUCACUUCUGCGCUGCGAUUCAAGGGUUCCCAUUGGCUCAUUGUUGUGUACUGGGCUUCUUUUAAACAUGGCAUAGCACGUAUGCAUGGAAGUUUCGUGAACAAGCUUCUCGCAUAUUUCUCCGUCAAUGGCAUACUUGCAUCUGUAGAUAUUCAGCACAUCGAAGACCCCACAUACCCCCUGUCCUCCAUAUCCUCCAUGUCCCCCAACCACGGAUUUAACUUUAGGCUGGGUGCUCAAAUUUUUUGCAAGAUUGGUACGUCUACUGCUCUUUAUUACCUAACUAUUUCCUAAAAUAAUCUUUUUUGGAUAGGUGCGAAACGCUUAAUUGAUCAUCUUCAUGCAAAGGGAGUACCAAUAUGUGUUGCAACAGGGUAUUUUUUAUUUUCCUGAAUGCAACAUUACUUGUGAUCGAUGAUCUUGGGUAUCUCACUCCUAUCAUCUCUUCAUGGAUGAUCCUCGUUAUGAAUUCAGAUUAGACUUAUCCUUGGUUUAGAGCAAAGGGGUUUGCUACGACCUAUUUCGAGCGAGUCCAGUCAUCAAGAUCAAUAAAGGGGUGUUUGGGACGCACCUUCCUUCGGGAAACUUAAUGCGCUCCCUUGAUCCCAAAUACAGCUAAAUCCACAGGAAAAUGCUCAUCUCAAGACGCUGACUGACAUCUUUUGUUACUUUAUUUCCUCCUGGAAAGGCUGAUUUUCGGGGUUUCCAAACGGGGAUACUCAAUGAGGGUUUGUAGCAACGAAAAAUGCAAAAGUGUUCAUUCUAAUUGGAUCAGCCCCCGCAAUGCCAAUCAAAAGAAAGAAAGAUGAUUAUUACUUUAAAAGAUGUACUGAAGAAGCACAAACAGUUUUAUCAUUUUUUGAAUAUUUUUCAGAUCACACAGACGCCAUUUUCAAUUGAAAACACAGAAUCACAGUGAUGUCUUUGCGUUAAUGCAUCAUAUAGUCGUCGGUGAUGAUCCUGAAGUGAGGAACGGUAAACCUUCUCCUGAUAUAUUUCUCGCUGCAGCAAAGAGAUUUGAGGUACCACAUACAUCAACCUCAAGAAAUUCAUAGCCUCAUUCUUUUUUCUUGACCAUACCUCUUUAGUUUGGAAUAUUACAUUGUUGAAGAUUCAUAUGUAUUUCAACUUUAUGCCAUUCCAGGGUAACGUUGACCUAAGUAAAGUCCUGGUGUUUGAGGAUGCACCAUCAGGAGUUGCUGCAGCAAAGAAUGCGGGGAUGUAAGUUGAUUCUAUAGCAUAUCCCUAUAAAUUUCUUUUUUUCAUGGACUCUUUGGUAUAUUUCUUUAAUUAUCGAACACAUUUUUCCGAAAACAAGAGCCCCUAUGAAAGCUACGCUAACUCGGAAGAAGACUCGUGUAUCAUAUUGCUAUUCUUAAUGACAAGUAGUCUCACAGAAGAGCUAGCAUUAUCGUGCUAUGCUAUUGGUGUAGACAAAAAAAGGAGUUGGCACGAGAGGGUGGUGAUUAAAAAGUAUUCUUGCUUAGGACAACAGAAUUUCACCUAUGACGCACACGAACAUAGACCACCCAUUCUCCAAUGUGCAACGUUGCUUUUGUAUCUUCUCCAACUCUAUAGUGCAUGCACCUGAAAUGCUUACAUCGGAGCUAACUCUAUGACUUUCAUAAAUUCACUUUAGAAUGAGUAUCAAAUUGGGCCUUAUCUCGUUCGUCCCGUUAUCUUCGACCUGCUUCUUUGUCGAAUUGGGUUUUUUCUCGAGGAUGGGCGUGAUUAAGAAGCUGAUUCAACCUCCUUCAGUUUGUUUUUGCUUCAACCUGCUUCGUUGCCGACUGACACAAUAAAGUGUUGGAGCAAGUUUUCACCUCACAUCUUUUUGACAGAACUUCUCAGAGCAGUUUCCAUGUGAGAGCUUCCCUUCUAUGAGUGCUUUUGAAACCUGGAGGUUCUUUGCUGCAUGUGGCCUACCCUUGAGGAAAUCAUUCCUGUAGUAAUACUAAUUUAUUUGUUAACCACUUGAGAACAGAGCCCUUGAAGGCAGGUGAUUGUGAGAUUUGGAUUUCACCUUCAUGUUUCCCUGAACGGGCAUCAUUUAUAUUUAUGUGAAAACCAGAAUUUCUUGAUUCUGCUCUUGGAAUGUGAACUUUUUUACUGAAUAGGCUUAUGCCAUCGAGCUGGUUGGUGUAGUAGGAAUUGAUUCCCUGUACCCGGUCAAGUGAUUAAGGAAUUCACUUCUCUGACUCCCCCCCCGAAAUUCUUUCCGAUCCCUCUUCUCGAUCCAUGGUCGUUCAACUUGUCGUCUUCAGAUGCUAUGAUAUGGUUGAUGAACUGCCUUCUUCCUCAUCAUUUCGUUUUUUUUUUUUUUUUAAAGUCACUUUCGAUACUCUGUGCGAAAAUCCCUGGAGUCACUGAAUACUUAACCCGCACUUGAGCUUCAGAUUCUUUCUCUAUACCGUUCACACUCCUGAACUAAACUCAGAACCACACCACCUUUUCCAAGGAGGCUGCAUUUUCUUUAUCCACAUUAUCUUUAUUCGGGUUACUAUAAUUAUCAUGGGAUAUAUUGCUCGCAGGAAGCCACCGACCAUCUAUUAUAUAUAUAUGCAUUAUUUUGGUCAAAUUUUUUAUCUUCAUCGUCGUCGUCGUCCUCAUUCGAUGGGUCCUUUUGUUUCAGUGAUCUGAGGCUCUUUCUAUUUGGACAGGUUGGCGGUGAUGGUUCCGGACCCGAGACUAGAUGCUUCCUACCACGAAGGCGCAGACCAAGUUCUGGGCUCUCUCUCGGAUUUCGAUCCGGCCGUCUGGGGCCUCCCUCCAUUCGAAGAUCUCUCCCUCUGA